AGGAUCUCCAACGCACAGUCAGGGUCCUUUAUCAAAGAAAGACCAUCCCCUACCUUCAGCGAUGAUCACAGCCGAGACCGUCUCUGAAUAUCUAGUCAGUCAUCCAGAUUUCCUGGAGUAUUUCGUGAUGGAGAAGGUUGAAGUGGAGCAACUGGAAAGGUGGAUAAUCCGGAAGUCGCAACGGCUGAAAAAGAAACCGGAGACGAAAAGCGGCAGAAAGACGAGCCUUUCCAGGUGGAAAUUCUGCGUCCAUGCCGACAAACGUCAAAUGCUCCAAGAUCUGACGCAGAGUCUACAACAGAAACCUACCAAAGACCAAGUCCUCUGGGAACUGGCGAAUUGCAUUUGCUCGGCUGUGAACGCUGACGGAUAUAAGUUAUUCCUGUCAACAAAAAGCGACCCUGAGGACCUGAGGCUGAUCGCAGCUCCGGAACAUGCUCCGGCAUCCGCCCGGAAUGGUUCCGGGUGUGGAAUCGGUGGAGACAACGCUUUACCCGCGUACGUCGCCAGGACUCAGGAACCUGUACGAUUAUCCAGGGGCGCGAACGACGCGAAGUUCCCUGAGGAAGUCAUGCAGGAGCUGCAAGGCGACAUCCACCACGUACAGUGCCAGCCCAUCAUCCAGAGCGACGGCCAAUUGGCUGCGGUCCUGGAACUUUGGAGGCGGGAGGGGGGCGGGCCUUUCUACGAGGAGGACGAGGAGAUCGCGGCCAGCUACCUGGUGUGGGGCGGCAUCGCGCUCCACUACGCGCAACUAUACCUCAACAUGAACCAACAGCGGAAGCUUAACGAUUUUCUAUUGGCUGUUGUCAAAUCAAUAUUCCAAGAUAUGGUCAGCAUGGACAUGCUGGUGACCAAAAUAAUGAACUUUGCACAACGAUUAGUCGACGCAGAUCGAGCGUCACUUUUCUUAGUCGAUGCCAAAAACAAGGAACUGUACGCUACCAUAUUCGAUAUCGGGAUCGAGUCACAGGAUUCUGAUGGAACAAACGACAUAGACCUGCUAGACCAGGAAGAGCUCUCGGCCAGACCUUCCAAAGAGAUACGGUUUCCUUUGGGAACAGGGAUUGCUGGUCAGGUGGCUAUGACUGGAGAAGUUUUAAACAUUAGAGACGCUUAUGGAGAUCCUAGGUUCAACCGGACAGUGGAUCAGCUCACUGGCUAUAAAACGCACACGAUCCUCUGCAUGCCGAUUUACAUCCGUGGAUCGAUCAUCGGCGUGGUCCAAAUGGUAAACAAACGAACAGGUUACUUCACGAAGGAGGACGAGGAAGCCUUCGAGACGUUCGCUGUCUACUGCGGAUUGGCGCUGCAUCAUGCCAAGUUGUACGAUAAGAUCAUAAAGUCGGAGCAGAAGUACAAGGUAGCUUUGGAAGUCCUGAGUUACCACAACACCUGCACCGAAGAAGAGUUCGCCGCAGCGCUACGAGAUGGCAUCCCCCAGGAAAUCGUCGGCAUAGACAAUUACUACUUCAACCCUUUCGACGUGGAGGACUACGAAAAGGCGCGGUACGCCAUACACAUGUUCGGCGACCUGUUCGGAUUGGCCAACUUCGACAAGUGCAGUUUGGUCAAGUUCACGCUGACCGUAAGGAAGAACUAUAGGAAGGUGCCGUAUCAUAAUUGGACGCAUGGGUUUUCGGUGGCUAAUAGCAUGUACUGCAUCAUCAAGAGGUCCAAGGGAGUGUUUCUGCCACACGAGUGUUUGGCGUUGUAUAUCGGUGCAUUGUGCCACGAUUUGGACCACAGAGGAAAGAAUAACAAAUUCAUGCUAGAUACAGAAUCUCCACUGGCAGCUAUAUAUUCCACAUCAACGAUGGAACAUCAUCAUUUCAACCAAACAGUUACUAUAUUGCAACAGGAAGGCCACAACAUUUUCAAUAAACUCUCGAACAGUGAUUACAAACAAGUACUGGGACUACUUAAACACUGCAUUUUAGCAACGGACUUGGCAGUUUUCUUUCCGAAUAAAGCUCGGUUGGCCAGCCUAGUGCAAACCAAGACGUUUUCGUGGACUAACACGGAACAUAGGAAGCUGUUGCAGGCCAUUGCCAUGACAGGCAGUGAUCUAAGCGCAAGCGCCAAGCCGUGGGAUAUCCAGGUCGAAACUGUCAAGGUGAUAUUUGAGGAAUUCUAUGAGCAAGGAGAUGCUGAACGAGCAACCGGUAGAACGCCGAUUCCUAUGAUGGACAGGGAACAACCAGAGCAACAGCCUGCUAGCCAAGUGGGCUUCCUGACAGGCAUAUGCGUCCCUUGUUACCAGUUGCUGUACGCCUUGAUCCCAGAGACGAAACCUUUACUGGAUAUGUGUCAGGAGAACCUAGAACGAUGGAGGAAAAUCGACCAAGAAAUCAAAGGAAGACGAGAAGAACUUACCGUAUCUUAACCUGAAUCUACUUCAAAGUUUUAGUUUCUUCCUUCGUUCGUUGUUUUUUCGAUGUUACGGGUGUUUUUACAAUACAAAACUGGUGGUAAUACAGUGUCAGGUAUUUUACUGAGAAAACUGUGCUACGUCAGACGUGCAUUAUCGCCAAAAAGAAUCGCGCACUAGCCGACAGAUUUUAAGCGAUAUUUCGUGAAAAAUGAGGUAUUGUCAGAUUAUAAAUAUAGAACGCGUUUAGUCAACGUAAAGCGGCGAUGCAGCGCCUUUAUGCUGAUUAACAGUAGCCAUGGGAUAGCUUUGUCAGUUUUGACUUGGCUGUCAGAUUUGAUAGUUUGUUGAUUGUGAACUGUCAAAGCUAAUCCAGGGCGACUGCUAAUCACCUCUGGACCACUUUACGUUUUCUGAACGCGCUAAUUAUUUUAGUACCAAAACUGUUUAAAGCCGCGUCUCCACUACGGCCAAACGCGGCCAAUUCAGUGGACGUUAACGGAUGUUGGUCUAUGUUGAAUCAACUAUGAUGACCAGAUGUGGAACCUCUUCACAUUGGCCCAGCUUGUGACAAGAAUACGGUUAGCAAAAUUAAUACAAAGGGACAUGAAUAAUUAUAGGAUUUCUAUCGCCCAAAAUAUUCGUGAAAAUUGAAUGCUUCUGUUUAAAUUAAAGCAUUGAUUAACGUACUCUAUUGCGAGAUAACCAAACUAGUGCUAUAUUCCGGCUUCCUAAAAAUUAUUCGAGAUAAAGUGAAAUACCGUAGCGUCGUCUAUGAGAAUUUGUCAUAGCUCUUUCUCUUUUUUCUGUACGAGUAUAUGUUUUGGAAAUGUUAGUGUUUCAUAGAUGUAGCUGCCUAUAUGAGUACAGCGCCAUCUAUGAGACACUAACCUUUUCAAAGUGUAUACAGUAAAUAGAUGACGCACGGAAAAAACUUGGCAUAUUUAUUAAAUUUUGAAUUUAAAUUUUUGAUGGGGUGCAGAAAGAGCCUAAUGAAAUUUUCAAAAUAAAAGAUAAAAACACCUAAUAUUGACUAAAAUGCAAUAAAUAAGAGAAGUUUAAAGAUUUCAUCUUGACACCAUUUUAUUUUUUAUCAAUGUAUUGUGGAUGAAUAUAUAUUUCAACGUAAAAUAAGCUAAAUCGAAACUUUCAAUUUUCACGAAUAUGGUGUGCGAAAUAAGGCCAAUCUUGCACUUGGAAUUAAACAUCAGUACAAUCAAGACGAUGUCGUGCAAAAUCAUAAUCUAGUUGGACUUUGAAAUUUGCAUGAUUUUGUGUACAAUUUUGGGGAUUCGUAGGAUUGCCUAACUCCUCCUCCUCCCUGAGCAAAUUUGCUACCUCCUUCUGUUCAAAACAUUUUUGAGGCAGGUACAUUUUCACAAAACGUUAUCUCUCGCCCUCCAACGAGAAAAAUUCCUGCGGGCGCCCAUGUUGGGGCCUGUCUGUGACUGAAGGGGCCCCGCGCCAGACCGAAAUUCCACGCCCCCUUUUUCGAAAUGUCGUUUGAUUUUUGGGCAUUUGGAGGCCUCCUAACAAGUUCGGGCCCUGAACACGGGCCCCGUAUAGCCGUAAGUUAAAGACGAAAUACAGUAUCAGAUUCGACCCCUGCAAGGAAGACUAUUGUAACUCAGUUUUGGUAGAAGAUUUUCUGAUGAAUUUUAUUGAAAAAUGACGACCUUAAAAUAUCUUGCACAUUGCAGUAAUUCUUGUAUAUAGAAGGUUAUAAAUGGUAUUACAAUACAAACCUAGCGAAAAUGACAAUUUUUUUAAUAAAUUUUGUCGACUUACUACAGAUUUCGUAGAAUCAAUUAAAGAAAAAAGUACACUUGCUCUAGACAUAGUAGGAUAUUUAUUGUAAUAUUACAGUAUUUUUCAAACAAAUGGUUGAACAAAACCUCUUUAAUACCACUCUGUGUCACAAAUGAUAUUUAUCUUCGUGUUUUCCACUAUCAUCCUUCUCAACUUAUUUUUAGUACUGGUAAUAUUAUGUUGUCUUUGUAUUUUUUUAUCUUCCUUGGCUUUUAGAGAUAAAUGAGAAGCAGGUAGGCCUCACGGAUGCUAGGAAGACUGUUUGCGUUUGAUUUACAUAGAUCUAAGAAACCAUUUAAUUUUCUAGCAUCUACUGGAAGCAAGAUUGUGUACAGCAAAAAUAGUUCCUGAGGCAUACUGUUUUGCGGUCUCAUUCUAUGAUAAUCAAUAUUACUAUCGUGAGAUCAUCAGCAUACUCACACCUAUAUUUCAUUUCACGAGGUACUUAUUUAUUUUCAACUUUUCUCCACAAUCGUCUUUGUUCCAAUUUUCCGACUUUACCUUUAAUUUAAAACUAAUGGAUCCACAACCAACCGCAGACAGGGCUCUUUAGCCCUUCAUCAGUACGAUAUAGGUCAGUAUCAGGUCCAGCUUGGAGAUGAGAGACUGAAAAGCAAACACAUGAGUGUCGUCUUAGCAAAACUGAGGACUGUAGUAGUUGAAUCCUCUUUUAAACUUUUUUAUUUCACAGGCAUGAGAGAAACAGACUGUGAUGCGACAGAUCCCAAUGCAUAACGUGUUUGUUGUGUUAAAAGAAUUCAUCACUACUUAUGAACCAAACUCGCCUGAAUUUAACGGUUCAGCAACUGCACUUACCUUCUUUGCAUCUGCCAGAAUUAUUUUGGUUCUUGAAUUCAUUUUAGUUCGCUUUGAAAACUGCUCUUUUCAUACAUCUAAUACUUGAAAUGUUUUCGCUAUUAAUCACCGUAACCUCAAACUUUGCCGCGAAAAUCACAGUAAGUCAGACAGUAGGUCUAACAAUAAGUUAGGCUUUCCGUGACUUUGCAUCGAAGACUAAGCUAACUCAAUUUGAUGUAGUUUUCGCGGGAGCAACCGCUACUAUUAUACUUACUACAUAACGUAGAAGAUUUACUGGUAGCCUAUAGUUGCAUGACUGAGAUACCAUAUCCUUCCACCAAAAAGAACCCGAUAAAGUCUAUCGAUACCAUAUAGUAAGUCAAAAGCAAGGAUUUUUGAGUUGCAGUGGUCGGAUUGAUGGCCGGUUUUUCCGUUAUUUGGAGUCAAAUUUCGACCAAGGCUCGCUGCGAUGUACCUCCAAAUGUUGGUCGAUCUUGUCGCUGUGAAGAGGGGCUUCUCUUUUCGAAUCUAUCAAAUCUAUGGCUUGUGUCAAAAUGAAAACGAUAAAAUCUGCAUUUCGCAGACUUUUAUUUUACAUAGUGAAGAUUAGACUAGUCUUAUUUUCUAUAUGACCAUGAAGGUUACUUUACUGAAUCCUGUAAUAAGCUUUUUAGAUGUACAUGUAAACAGAUUUUCAUAUAUUUCCUACUUUCUCUCUACAGUUAAUAGACGUUUAUGUAUUUAUUGAUAGGUAUUAAUCUUUGUUAAUUUAAUGUAGACAUAAAUACGCAAAUUCGAAAAUAAAUUAUGGUAUAUAAUAUGUACGUCAUCUAUUUAGAGAAUAGAUAAACUAUCAGUAUAUGCAUUUUAUAGAGGGUAUAGAAUUCGAAUUUCAUCAAAGACGUCUAUGAUUAUUAUUAUCAAAUCUGUAACGUGUCAGGCUGUGGCACGGAUAAUUUCCCGAUUUUUCGCAGGAAAAUUAUUCUUACCUGUUGCCCAUGUUUAUAUCUCAGAAACUUCAGCAAAAAGGUGAGGCCCAAAUGUCAAGUUUUGAAAUGGAAUUCGAACUUGGUAUAUCCUCUAUUAUUAGUGAAUUUCAAUGAUAACGUUUCUAUGGCAUGGAUUCUUGACCAUAGAUAAAUUUAGUAUACUAUGCGUUUUGAUUGGUGACCUCUAACAAUGGAAUUAAUCUAUACUAGCCCUUCAUUAGCUAGAAUGGGACCAAAACUAGAUUGCAUUUUGCAUUUCACAUUUGUUCAUACAGGGUGGCCGAUAUGUAACUGACUGGUGUGUAUCUUGAAUAUUUGUGAAAUAAAAUAAAACGUGUCCAUUUUUUUCAUCUUAAUCUUUUAUCGAAAUUAUCGUAAUAUUGUUCUUCAGCUGCUCUACAGUAUUUGGUUUCUUGGCAUAAACCCUAUUUUCGAAAAAUCCCCAUAAAAAAGUCAGCAGUCGUUAAAUCUGGUGACCUUGGUGGUCAGUUAUUGUUCGCAAAAGAUUGUUUCCCCAGCUUUGUGACAAGUUGCUCCGUCCUGCUGGAACCACAUGUUUUGCAGGUUAAAUUGUUGGAUUUGAGUGACAGUAUAAGAGAAUUACCUGCAGCGUCUCCAAAGAAGUAAGGUACAAUGACAGCUCCAAACCAAACACCGCACCAAACUGUCUUUAACUUCCCCUGUUUUUUCAAAUUUCCACACCAACUGACAAAUGGUGUCGACAUUGGGCACAUUAUUUCGAUCGAAAUCUCGUCGUAGCUGCCGAAUCUUUGCAACAGUCGACGCAUUAUUUAAGUAAAACGGUUUAACAAUACGGACGCGUUGUGGGAUCGUGUAGCGCAUCAUGAUGAAUUGGACAUAUGUGCUUUAACCAACUACGACGGCGCCACCUACUGGAAUGCGUGUAUCAAAAGUGGGGCGCAAUUUAACCCUUAACAGGAAACGUGAAUUUUUGGAACACAAAAGGAAACAUGCCGUCUCUCAGACUGCGAACUUCAAGAUGUUCAAAAAAUUAGAGUAAGGCGAAAAGCAAGCAAUAACUUCGCUGAAACUGAUACUGGAUGUUUAUUUUAUGUGUUUAAUACGUAAAAUGCUCAUUUCAAAAUGAUACAAGAACAUAAAAGAAACAUUUUUAUUAACUAUGCUAAAACCAUACAAAAAUAACGCUGUUGUUGCAACAUUCAGAAACUAAAUAUUUUCUAGUUAAGUAAUGAACAAGGAAAGUAUAUUAUAGUCAAUAAAUACAAAAAGAACACAAUCAAAAUUCACUGCAAGUCUCAAACAUUGCCUAUAUUUAUGCAGCUAAUACAUUUGGGUUUGGAGCAUUGAAGACAUACAGGCUUUCUACAUUGUACACACAAAAAUUUGGUCAUCCGAUGGGUCGUUCGGUGACAUAAACAGCAGGCUUCCCUUUUUUCCAAAACCAAAUUUUCAGCUUCUGUUGCUGGAUGUUCACAUUUGCCAAGGAUGCGAUUUAUCGUAAGUCGCAAAUCCCGAGGUAAACGGGGACUCUCUAGUCGCUUUUCCAUAUGCUCACGGACCAGGUUAGCCGCCAACAUCUUAGCAAAUACCGAUUUUUCCUUCUGCAAUUCAUUUUUCUUAUAGCACUGGUGUAAAAUAUACGAGUUCACUACCGAUAUAUCCAAUAGUCGGUAGAAAAUAACCAGUGGCCACCUACGCGAACGGCGACUUGAGGUACUCUUCGAACAUUUUUCAUCAAGAGAAUCAACUCCACCUUUAUUAGCAUUGUAAUAGGCUAUUAUUUCCGGUUUCUGUGUUUCCGGAUCACAAUAUUUUCUGUGGUGCAUAGAAGAUAUGAGUAUUGUGGCUUUAUUUUUUUUGCUUACAUGAGACACAAUAGUGGAAUCUUCUCGAAAUCCGUACAUUGUUGAUCCGACUUCUCUUGAUUUGUUGGGUAAAAAUGCCGUAGGAAUUUCUCUUUUAUUUUUCUUCAUUGUACCCACAUAGGUCAAUUUGUUCUUCAAUAGGACAUCCAUUAAUUCUAUUGACGUAAACCAGUUGUCCGCUGUAAUGUUGCGAUUAGUUCCAAACAGAGGCUUCGCGAGACGUAGAACUGAUUGUGUGGGUUUGGAAUACCGCUUGUGUUCCUCAGGAAGUUCGAAACUAUCGGAAUCUUUCCCGCAGUAUAUAUAUGCGUUAUAGAGGUAGCUAUUCCUUGCAUCCGUCAAUGCCAUAAUUUUUAUGCCAUAUUUGCAAGGUUUCGCAGGCAUGUACAUUUUAAAUCGACAUCUUCCUCUGAAACUCACGAGCAUUUCAUCGACAGUGACAGACUGUCCAACUCCGUACACAUCUUGACAGUUCUUUAUAAAACUAUUAAAAAUGAAAGAUAUUGGUGCUACUGGAUCUAGCUUCUUUCUUUCAUUCCUGUCAUCUGGGUUAUCAAACCUUAAGGCUGACAGGAGAAUACCAAAUCGUUUUAUGUUCAUGACAGCUCUGAAUAUAUCUCUUCCAGAGCCAUCGGUGGCAAAAAGUGUUUCAAUGUUCUCGUGGUUGCUGUUGAACACCGAUGUAUAUACUAAGAGACCCAAUAGUGCCUUUAUUUCGACUAAAUCAGUGUCGUUUAGGUUGCUGGUUUGAUUUUUGUAUCUCUUUCGCAUUUCUUUGAGCUUGUGAUUGGUCCACUUAACGAUAUGUACCAACAUGUCGUCAGUGAACAAAAGCUGCCAAACCGUCAACGGAGCUGCUUCUUCUAGAUAUUCAUGAGCUUUUCCUCUUAGAGUUGGUACUUUAAUGACUAUAUUGUGCUUCCUUGUACGUGAUGAUGGUACAACUUCCGAAAUACUCCACCUAUGACGAUUUUUUCCAUAGAAAUAAUUCUGAGCUGGUAAAUCCUCUUCAUUUCCUUCGGCUCCGUCUUCUGAUAACUCACUAUCACUUGUAUGAUCUGAUUCCAUGCAUUCGUCUUCUGAGGCACUGUCUAUAUCACUAAAGUCACUUCCUUCAUCCUCAAACCAUUUUAGAACGGUUUCUUCGAACUCCGGAUCAUCGUAUCGUACACGUUUAGAAGGUCCCGCCAUACUCGCAAACGCACCUAUGCAACACAAAUAGCAAACGGGAACGGAAACGUGCCGUCUGACAGACUGCAACAAACUAAAAUUGGUCCAUAUUUUAAGGCACGUUUUGGCUAGACUCGUGUGAAUGGGGGUGGGCGAUGGUCACUAAUAGCUUAUGGAUUAGAUGGGUUUUUACGUUUGUUAGAGGUGCAAUAAAAAAAGAUACGCUCAGGUAUAGAAACGCCGCAGUCUCACAGGCGGCACCUUUCCGGUUAAGGGUUAAAUCAGUGUGAUAUAUUGGCCACCCUGUAUUAGAUCCAAAUACCUUUUUUCAACAAUAAUUAUUGGGCGUAUUUCGUGUACCGGGUGUAUUCAAAUUCGACUUUCAGAAUAAGGAUUUCGGAAACGGUGAGAGGUACGAAGUCGAAGUUGCGCUUUUAGGCAGCUAAGAAAAUGGCGCAUAGAAAGUUUUGCAAUAUCCAGUAUUUUCGGAGAUAGACGAGACUCGAUUUUCUCAAAAUCGUUUUAUUGUUUGCGAUGGAAUUUCAAAAUGAAAAGUACGUUAACAUUGACACUUUUUCUCCUCUACAAUCAUCAACUUUAUUUUUUUAUAGUCGCGAUAUUGGAUAUUUGCACAGUUGAAUCGAGUUUUUGAUUCCGUUUACAAGAAUUUAUAAUAUGCCAUACAUUGUCAAACCUAAGUAAUUUCGAAAAAACUAAUGUCAUAGUUGGCCUUGAAAAUGACAGUUUAUCACAUGUUGAUCCGAUUGAAUCACCAAUCUUUCAUUUCUGACAACCGUGUUUAAAGAAUAUUCAAAUGAUUCGCCAAUUUAUCAACACAAUUAUGCCACCUUGUACGGGAGAAAAGUUGGCGAUGUCAAGGUACUGUUUAUUUUGUCAGGGAAAAAUACAUAAUGAUUUUGGGAGAAUUCGGUUUCUUUUGUUUAUAUCUGGAAAUAUUCGGAAUUAAGAAACUCUCUACGUACCAUUUUCUUUGUUACCUUAACACGGCUCCACGAGGACCAUCUCCUGAGGUAACGGGGGGAUGAAAAGGAAACGUCAGUGGGCUGGUCUUAGACGGUCAUCGGCGCUACUUUAAAAAAUGAAAUCAUGGCUGCGGGCGCGUACCGAGGUAAAUUUCCAUGAUAACAGAGUCGGAUUUCGAUUUGAGAUUUGGCCCCAAUAAUCCGCAUUAUAAAUAUCCGAAUUUAUUAUACCCUGCUGUCCGCAGUUGCAGAUCUGUUGGGCCUUGGUGUCAAACCUAUAACGCCGGUACAGAUUUUUUCAAAUCGUCGGAUUUUCUUCACUUAAAUUUCCUGUAAUUACUGGGAUCAGAAGGUUCUUGAUAGUAGAACGUGUUUCACAUAUCAAAGAUGAAACAUUUAACAUCACCUUCCGCUAAUCCCCAGUUUCUAAGCACCACAAUUUUUUUAUGACAAAGAUUAUGAACCCCUGAAACGUCAAAAACGGAGUUUCAGCGAUUGUUAUUUUAUUCGUUUUAUGCCUAUAGCGCCACCUCCAUUAAAUUGAAACUACAAGGCUUUGGCAUGAUAGUAACCGUUCAUAAAAAUCCAAGCGGUAAUUUCCAAGUUAUAGACGGACAGCUGGAAACGAGUGAUAUAGUUUUUCGUGAUGUAGAUGUCAUAUAAGGCCUAAAAAACAUAUCUCAUUACCGCAAUUUUUUGCGCCAAAACCCUACAGGGGCUAUCGAGCCACUUCUUCAUUUUUUCCACUAGACUCUUUUUAAAAAAGUCGCGAAGUUCAACAAAAAAAAAGCAUUUCAACCCACCAUAAGUCUUGUGCAAAAAGAAAGUUUCAAAAAGUGCUCCGAUAGCACGGUGGGCAAUUGUCUUGUGAAUAUACUGUACGAAUUUCAUUAAAAAAUGUUGAAGAGUAGAGUGUCAGUUUCGAAGCAGCUGAACCCUUGUAAAUGGCUUGAAACUCACUGCCGCCUUAAUCUGCAAUUUUGCCCCCGUUUAACUGACGUCAUAGCUCUUACCGUGUCCGUGUUCCCAUUGGCGAGAGUCUAAUUUGAAACACCCGGUAUAUCACUUAGUAAAAGAAUCGAUGGUUCAUACAAAACGCAUACAAGGUACUCAAGAAAAAUGUGUACCUUUCUUAUCUCUACCUGGGACCUAAAUGUCUGCAAAGUUUGUGUAUUUUUAGCAAAUAAAUGUUGAUAAAAGCA